AUGGACAACGCUGCAAAUGAGCGUUUCCACUCGUUCGUCAAGAAGAAGCCAGCUCGGAAAGCUGCGUCGCUGCAUGAGCGAUGGAAGCAACUGAAAACUUCGCACCCUGGCGCAGUUCAUACACUCACCGCCCUGUUCCUGUAUCGCCAGCGCGUGCACACACCCGGGCAGCUUCCAAGAGCACCAAACGGGUUUGCCGACGGCUGGAAUUGA